GGCGGCGCGGGCGGAGCGGAGCAGGAAGCGCUGAGCGAAGGAGGCCGGGAGGCCGCCGCUCUGAGGAGAAGGAGGAGGAGCGGGGGGGUUGGUAGUCUGGCCGCCGCCACCGCCGCCUUCGCCUCUUCCUUCCGCCCGCUGUGGGGAGCGAGGCGUGGGGGAGGCACCUGUCACAGCCACCAGGGCGAGUGCGGCGUCCUCCGCGGUGAGCGGCGGCGGCAGGAGAGGCCCGGCACGGCCCGGCACAGCACGGCACGGCAGCAGCAGCCUCGGCGGGGCUGGCUGGGGGACGGUUGCGGAGAUGAUGCCGAUGAUAUUAACUGUGUUUCUGAGCAACAAUGAACAGAUUUUGACAGAAGUUCCAGUUACACCAGAAACAACCUGUCGCGAUGUAGUAGAGUUCUGCAAAGAGCCUGGAGAAGGGAGCUGCCAUCUGGCUGAAGUAUGGCGUGGAAAUGAGCGUCCCAUACCCUUUGAUCACAUGAUGUAUGACCACCUACAGAAAUGGGGUCCCCGCAGGGAAGAGGUGAAAUUUUUUCUUCGCCAUGAGGAGUCACCAACUGAAAGUAAUGAACAGAGUGGACGUCAAGCCCAAAAUCAAAGAAACGGCAUAAACAUACCGGUGGAGAAACGUACAGAGAAUGGGGUUGGGAAUCCACGUGUUGAGCUCACUCUUUCUGAACUUCAAGAUAUGGCUGCCCGACAACAGCAGCAGAUUGAAAAUCAACAGCAAAUGUUGGUUGCUAAGGAACAACGGUUGCGUUAUCUGAAGCAGCAAGAACGCCGACAGCAGCAGUCUGUUUCUGAGAGUGAGAAGCUUCAAAAACUUAAAGAACGUGUUGAAACACAGGAGACAAAGCUGAAAAAAAUCCGUGCCAUGAGAGGACAGGUGGACUACAGCAAGAUAAUGAAUGGCAAUCUAUCAACUGAAAUUGAGCAUAUAAGUGCCAUGUUCCAGGAAAAGCAGCAGGAGCUACAGGCUGCAGUGUUAAAAGUGGAUCAACUUACUCAGCAACUGGAGGAUUUAAGGAAAGGAAAACUGAAUGGGUUUCAGUCUUACAAUGGACAGAUGACAGGACCUGCAGCAGUAGAAUUAAAAAAGUUGUAUCAAGAGCUACAAAUUCGUAACAGGCUUAACCAGGAGCAAAACUCCAAGCUUCAGCAGCAGAAAGAACUCUUAAACAAACGUAAUAUGGAGGUGGCUAUGAUGGACAAGCGAAUCAAUGAGCUGCGUGAACGACUAUACAAGAAAAAAGUUGAGGCACGUCAAAAAGAAAACAUUCCUUUGAAUCGUAUAAACGGAACUUCAUCACCCCAGUCAUCCCUGAGCGCCUCAGGAAGGGUGGCAGCAGUAGGACCUUACAUCCAAGUUCCAAGUGCUGGCACUUACGCUGUACCAGUAGAUCCAGUUAAACCACAGUCUCUCACCAUUGCUUCUAGCUCAACACAUGGAAGAUCAAAAUCUGCGAAUGAUGGAAAUUGGCCAAUACUUAAACAGAGCUCAACCCCCGUGGUAAAACCCCCUCAGAUCUCCAACACAGACUGGAAAGAAUCAAGCAUGGAUACUGCUUUAAAACAAGGAACUAUAUCCAGCCAGCCUUUGCCAACUUCAGUAUUAGGAAGUACUGAUAAGCUGGGUCUCGACCUGGGGAAGGUGCCACCAACAAUUCCUGGUGUAAGCAAGCAGCUGCCUCAAAACUAUGGGACCUAUCCAAGUCCAGUUCCCUUAGGAACAGGUUCUACAAAUUCUCUAGAAAGAAGGAAGGAUGGCAGUCUGCCCAGACCUGGCACCAGUAUAACAAAUCGGCAAAGACCUGUUCCGCUUCCGCCGCCAAGCAAUGUACAUCAGCCCAGUUCUUCACAACAGAUUCAACAGAGAAUUUCUGUACCUCCCAGCCCUACGUAUCAACCUUCCGGUCCCCCCGUGUUUCCAGGAGGAGAUGGCAGGCCAGAACUCCCUUUAACUGUGGCAAUCAGACCUUUUCUAGCUGAUAAGGGAUCAAGACCUCAGUCUCCCAGAAAGGGGCCACAGACAGUGAACUCCAGUUCCAUCUACUCAAUGUAUCUUCAGCAAGCAACACCACCAAAGAAUUAUCAACAAGCUGUAUACAAUACCUUAAAUAAGUCAGUAAAAGCAGUUUAUGGAAAACCUGUAUUACAAUCUGGUUCGACUUCUCCCUCACCCUUGCCAUUCCUUCAUGGUUCUUUGCCUGCCCAGACUUCCUCACAGCCACAAUCUCAGCCUCAGACCGAGGUGUCUGAAAAAGAUCAAGAGCUGGAAAAUGCUCCACCAUCCAGUGAAAACAGCAAUGUGGAAAACAUUCCUCGUCCUCUCAGUCCCACUAAGCUCACGCCUAUUGUGCAUUCGCCCCUACGAUAUCAAAGUGAUGCUGACCUUGAAGCUCUGCGAAGGAAAUUGGCCAAUGCUCCUCGGCCAUUAAAAAAGCGUAGUUCUAUCACUGAACCAGAGGGCCCAAGUGGACCAAAUAUACAAAAAUUAUUGUAUCAGCGCUUUAAUACUCUUGCAGGAGGAAUAGAAAGUGCUCCUUUUUAUCAGCCAAGCAAUCCCCAGGACUUCAUAGGCAUCUUAGCUGAUGUGGAUAAUGGUAACGCUAGUACCAAUGGUAAUAUUGAAGAACCUAUUUCCGUGCAACCUACAGUUCCUCUUCCAGAUGAGCCACCCCCUUCGUCAGACGCCAAUGAUAAUGAAUUACCUUCUCCUGCUACUGAAGAACUGAUAAGCACUGAAACCACAAAUCAAACUUCUGAGACAACUGAAGAUAACAACAACAACCUGGCUAUAGUUCCUUCUACUGAACAGUCAUCCAGUCCCACGCCUGAGGUCAGCUCUCCAGUAGAAGAUGAAGCUCCUUUGCCACCUGCUCUUCCUCCUCCACUUCCUCCAACAAAACGUACUAACUUGAAGAAACCUAACUCAGAAAGAACAGGCCACGGUUUGAGAGUGAAGUUCAAUCCGUUGGCCCUCCUCCUAGACGCUUCUUUGGAGGGAGAAUUUGAUCUUGUACAACGAAUCAUAUAUGAGGUUGAUGAUCCCAGUAAACCAAAUGAUGAAGGAAUUACACCUUUGCAUAAUGCAGUGUGUGCUGGUCAUCACCACAUUGUGAAGUUCCUGCUUGAUUUUGGUGUAAAUGUAAAUGCAGCAGAUAGCGAUGGGUGGACACCCUUGCAUUGUGCUGCUUCUUGCAAUAGUGUUCACCUCUGUAAGCUACUGGUCGAGUCUGGGGCAGCUAUUUUUGCUUCGACUAUAAGUGAUAUAGAAACUGCUGCAGACAAGUGUGAAGAGAUGGAAGAAGGUUAUAUUCAGUGUUCCCAGUUCUUGUACGGAGUGCAAGAGAAGCUGGGAGUAAUGAAUAAAGGAGUGGUGUACGCUCUGUGGGACUAUGAAGCCCAGAAUAAUGAUGAGCUGUCAUUCCACGAGGGUGAUGCCAUCACUAUUCUAAGACGCAAGGAUGACAACGAAACAGAGUGGUGGUGGGCCCGCCUCAAUGACAAAGAAGGCUAUGUGCCUAAAAACCUUCUGGGGUUAUAUCCACGAAUAAAACCUAGACAGCGAACCCUUGCCUGAAUCCGGUUGUACAACAGUGCAAUACCGUGCUGGUAACUGGAAACUUAAAACAUACACUGGAGCCAUCAUUUUUGAUCAUUUCACACAGAGAAAAAACAAACUAUGCUAUUUAGUUUUAAUGGUGCUUUCUCUUGUUAAAUGGACAGCAUCCAAAAUUUUCAAGAUCUGCAGUUUGUAAAUGAGGAUCGUUUUUAUGUGACCCACCACUGAUGAGGAGCGUGAUGCCUCCACUACUUACAGUGUUGCGCCAACUACCGUCUAAAGCAGUGUUUUAAGUUAAAGUUCCGUGGUAGGAGCUUUCUUGUGUUCCGUGUUCAGAGGUGUCACUUGCAGAGUGCAGAUGCGCUGUCCAGUUUGCUCCAACCCCACAGUAACUGUCCCACAUCAGGAUUUUGGGUAUUUUGUUUGAUACCAGUGAAUGUUGAGUUCUCAUUACUGAUCAGCUCCUUGGGUUCUAGGACACAAGAUCUUCACCCAUUACAUGCGUAAUUAAGUCGUCACCAAAGCUUCAUGAAGGCUAGGAUUUCAAGUGGUAACAUGCUAAAUGCACUUAAAUCCUAGUCUAGACAACACCAACAAAAGCUUUACAUAGUCUAGCACCUAGUAUUAUUUGCGUUUAGAAUCAAGCUAGGGAACUAACAAAACUGCAGUAUUUGUACACUUCUCAAACCCCCGACACAGUAUUUCACCUGGUGUUUUAUUUUCUUAUUAUUCAGCCCACAGCACCAGUGUCACCUCUACUAAUGUUAAGGUUCCCCUACUAACCGCCUGAGCUGGUCCAGCCUGGACAACACAGUUAGUAGCGAACUUGCAGCAGCCUAAGGGAUUUGUACGUCUGCGUGGAUGAAAGUGCAAUAGUCGAAAAGGGUUGGAGUCUGGUAAGGGAUAGCUCCUGUGAAGUCUGCCUGAGUCAGUCUAGAAGAAAAUAUGAGGGUCUGGACAGAAGUAGAAAGAGGGUGGUUGUAGAUGCUAAGUCAAGGAGGAGAAAGAAACAAACAAGGUUUAGAGAAGGAUUUAAGAACGGCAAUAGCUUAUUUUGAGGACAGUUUCUGUGGUUCUUGGCAGCCUACAGCUGUUGCCAAGGCAAGUUAUGCAAUAACCUAUUCCACUACGUUGUAGUUUCAAGGAAAAAGAAGACACUUCACUGGAAUUUUAAUUGUACAUGAUUUUAUAUACCAAAAGUAUAUUUUGAAUUUCCCAUUAUAAGUUUUAGCCAUAUUUCUUGUAAUUUUCUCCCAUUUAACAGUAUGCAAUUUGAUUAAUUCUUCAUGUACAAGUUCUGUGUAUAAUUUAUAUAUCCAUUUCUGCAGUGCUGUAACUUGCUUUUACCACAGGUUAGCAUUAACUGUAUAUAUUGUGGUGAAAAGUGAAAGGGUAUUGUUGAAGAAUUUGCUACAUGAAUGUGAUGAUUUCAAGAGAUACACUAAUUGAGAGAACGUGUAAAUGUGCACAAUAAAGUACUGCUAAGGCA